AUGUCGUCGGAGGGAAAGAUGGAAGCAUCGGAAGGCGCUUCAGUAUUCAGAGCACAUGGAGGCGGAUCAAGUAGCGCCGCUUCUCCACCUCUCUCUCCCUCUUCGCGCACGGCAACCAUCACGCACCCGCUAGCCCGAGCACCUUCACCGACAGCGCCCACCGCCGCAGCCGCUUCAUCCCUGGCGGCCUCUUCCAAGCGUCCACUGCAUUCCAUCGACCUUUCACACCUUCUCUCCUCUCCCGCAGCAUCGGGCAGCACCACCCCGCGCAGCUCAAGCGGCGUUCAUGCCCCGCGAGACGCUGUGCCACAGAGCUCUGCUCGCGCACCCCACGAGGGCGGAGUGGCACAACAGAGAGCCGCUGAUGGCUCGAAGCUAGACGCCGAAAACUCCGCUACUAGCGACUUGCCGUCCAGAUCCGCAUCAAUUGGAGGUCCAUCGAGUUCUGAGGCGCUGAAUAGACCAACCAAUGCCACUAGCUCAGCAUCUCCCACAAGAGCUGGGGUAGCGCAGAGUCACAGUGGAGCAGUAGCGCCACCUCAGAGUAGCGCAAACGAAGCGAUGAUGGUCCGGCGAAAUAUGCUGAGAGCUUCUUUGAGUACGUAUGUCCAGCUCGGAAAGGGAAAGAGGAUUUUGCUGGUCCUGCAAUUCUUGCUCUCGCUUUGUCAGGUGAGUAGCAGAGGUUAUCAGUCAGUGGGAGGCGAUAUGUGCGAUCGUGCGAGACUGGAGAAUGCUGCCCGUUUGAUGCCAUGUCUCAUACGCAUUCUCUCUUGACGUGCGCAGGUCAUACUCGGCAUAGUCGUAGCAUGCUUGCCCGACUCCCUUGGGGAUUCGUUGAGAGCGCCGGGGUCAUUGUGCGAUCCAGAGUCGUGAGUAAGAUGAUUGAUUUCGUAAGAAGCAUUUCUGAGGUGCUCAUGCCCCCUUGUUCGCGCAGGAUGUACGUAUUCCUGCUGCUGCACACGUUCAGGGUGCUGUUCUGCAUUCCUAUCGAUCUCUACCUCGGACUUUCGCCCCACCGGACCCCAGCAGCGCGGCGCAACCGAUCUGCAGAAGCUCGCGCUCAAAGAGAGGCAAACAGGACAUUUGGCAACUUGGCCCUGGAUGCCAAAGCGAGCAGAUUGUCAGACCUGUUGGGAUUGUCGCACAUUGGGAUCUGGUUGUAUGGUAAUUAUGCGGUCUGGACGAGCUUGGAAUGCUCUCACAGGCCGGCAGACAGCGUGGUGCUCUGGUGGUCCAGCCUCACUUUUCUGAGCAUCACUUACAUCAUCAUUCUUGAAGUCGCUUUGCUCAUCUCUGUGAGUGCAUCGACUCGCUGUUCGGCAUUCCCAUGGGCUCACGUCCUGGCCAUCUUACGCCACACAAAUCAGCUGGUCGUGUUCUUCUUGCCGAUUGUGCUGGCAAUCUUACGAGCGUUUGGUCUGACGGAUAGGUUCCCGAGAGCAGGCAUCCACCCAACUACAUCCAAGAUAGAUCAAGCGGUGAUAGAAAAGUCUUCGACGUUGGUCUACUUUGUUCCUGCCGAGGAAGAGGCACGUACAAGUGAAGAAGGACCGGUGGCAGACGCAGCAUACAUAGGUCCUCGCGCCAAGCUUGAUCAAAGUGACAGCCCUACCAAAGUAGAAACUCCGUCAGUUGACGAAGUUGACGAUGCACCGCGUACCUCGCAGCAUCGCUCCGGCGGUCUAGCGAGAUUGUUCACCCGCAGAAAGAGUGGGCGGGGUACAGCCAACGCGGCUGUGGUCACGACGAGCACCGAAGAGCAAACGCAGCCCGCGCAGAGCGAUGCGCAAGCCUCACAUGGUGGGAAGCAGAAGUGGAGAUAUCCUCUUCACCCGGUGAGUUGACCUUGUGCGGGGCACUCUUUCAGCAAUGCCUGCCUUGCUGACAUAAACUUAUCCUCUUCUCCGCGCCUUCAGAUACCUGCUCAUCGCGCGACGUGUCCAAUCUGUCUCCUAGACUUUGUGACGCCGGAACAAUUUUCCAGCGAAGCGAGAGCUGCAGCCUCGGAUCUGAGCAAACCUGUCACCACGCCCGCCAGCACAAAGGCAAAAGGAGACGCUAGCAGGAAGCGACGGAGCGCAUGGAAUUGGCGAAGCAGCUCUCGACCGCUCGAAAGCGCGGAAGCUCAAGCAGGAGGCGAAGGCAUGCAUGGCGAGGACGUCGAGGCGUCUGCUGCUGCGGGUCGUUCUGCGCACGCUGAGGCUCCGCCUUCAGCAGAUGCGUCGUGCCAAGCAGAGGCGGAAGUGCUCCGACUCAUGCCUUGCGGACACGCUCUUCACCGGGCGUGCGUGGACGAGUGGCUGUCCAGCGUCAGUGGGAGGUGUCCGGUCUGUCAGAAACCCUUGGUAGAGGAACGUGAAGAGACGGAUGCCUCUCGCGCUCCUCCUGGCACGAACGGGAAUGCCGAAAAUGUCCUGCGAGAUGUCGUUGCUGCAGCCUCGAGACCGGAUCAGCCGAGCGGGGCAACUGGACCUGCUAAUUCUCCAGACGCACAGCAUCGACCUACCCCUGGUUUAGCGGGCCAGAACGAGACGCAAGACAGAAGCGCGACAGCAGGCUCGAGCGAUGUUGCGAACGAAGGCGCUACAAUGCACACGGCUCAGCCCAACGAAGCGUAA